AUGGAUCCCAUCAAGUACAUCUUCGAGAAACCUGGAUUAACUGGCAAAAUUGCUCGCUGGAAAAUGUUGUUAUCAGAAUAUGACAUUCAAUAUGUAACUCGGAAGGCCAUUAAGGGUAGUGUGUUGUCAGAGUACCUUGCGCACCAGCCAGUGGAGGACUAUCAAUCGAUGAGACUCAACUUCCCAGAUGAAGACGUCAUGUACCUAAGAGACUAUGAGGUUCCAGGCCCGGAAGAAGGACCCGAACCAAGAUCGCGAUGGACCCUCGUGUUCGAUGGUGCCUCAAAUGCAUUGGGUAACGGAAUUGGGGCUGUUACAACAUCUCCAAAGGAUUUUCAUCUUCCCUUCACGGCAAGGUUAUGUUUCAAGUACACCAACAACAUGGUGGAGUAUGAAGCAUGUAUCUUGGGAAUUGAAGCAGCUAUCGACCUAAGAGUCAAGAUUCUUGAGGUGUAUGGAGACUCAACACUUGUCAUCUAUCAAAUUAAAGGAGAUUGGGAGACUCACCAUCCCAAUUUAAUCCCAUACCGAGAGCAUGUCAUGAAGCUAAUCCCCUAA